AUGUUUCCAAGAAGAGUGAAGUCCCGCUUCCUCUGCAAGGGACAAGGGCAGCCCACUCCUCAGUACAGGUUCCGGAAGAGAGACAAAGCGAUGCUAUACGGCAGGAAUAUCAUGAGGAAGGUGACCACACUCCCCCACGCGCUUGUGAGAGCACAGCUGCCGCGGCAGCAGGCGAGGAAGAGGACCAAGGUGCUGUCUUUGGCCAAGAGCAUCCUGUGUUUCAAGAAGGAGUACCCCACCCUGCAGCCAAAGGAUCCCCCGCCCUCCCUGCUGGAGGCCGACCUCACGGAGUUCCGUGUGAAGAAUUCUCACCUGCCGUCAGAAGUCUUGUACAUGCUGAAAAAUGUUCGGGUCCUGGGUCACUUUGAGAAGCCACUUUUCCUGGAACUUUGCAAACACAUGGUGUUUGUGUAGCUUCUGGAAGGGGAGUACGUCUUCCGGCCAGGGGAGCCAGAUACCAGCAUCUAUGUGGUGCAGGACGGGCGGCUGGAGGUCUGCAUCCAGGAUUCGCCCGCCGCUCAUCUGCUGCUGUGUGGCCUGGCUCCUAACAGGCUGCGGACCGCUACUGGUCCGGGGGCUGGGGACCCCUGGUCUAAGGUGCUUGCUUGGCGUCAUGGUUUAAAGUGUGUGGUUGAGGUCUCUGUUCUUCCUCUGCCCCCAGGUUGUGACUCGCUGAUUCACCUCUUGGGCGAGAAGAUCCUGGUCAGCCUCCAGCAGGGAACUGCGACGGCUGGGUGCCUGGGUCACCAGUUUGGGCUACAUGCUGUAGGGAGCAAGUGGGACUCGGGGAACCCUGCCAGCAACCUCUCCACGGUGGCCGUCAUGCCCGUGUCAGAGGAUGUGCCCCUCACCGCCUUCACCCUGGAGCUCAAGCACGCCCUUAGCGCCAUCAGCCCUGCCCUGCUGCUGACCAGCGGCAACGUAAAACAGCGCCUUGUCUCUGCUGCUCUGGACAGUAUCCACGAGCAGCGGCUGUCCAGCUGGCUGGGGCAGCAGGAGGACAUCCACCGGAUCGUGCUCUACCAGGUGGACAGCACGCUCACACCCUGGACCCAGCGCUGUAUCCGGCAGCCCGACUUCAUCCUUAUCGUGGGCCUGGGCGAGCCAACGGACUGUGAAGUUACUUCACUACACGCGUGUGCAGGGGUGUCUUCAGGGCACCACCUGGAAUUGCUGCUGAGCGGCAGAGGCUGUGUGUCUUCAGGUUCAGAGAGCUGCCAGACUGCACUCCUGUUGUGCACUGGAGUCUCGUUGUCCCUUCGCUUUGUGUUCCCCACCUCCUUCCUCUGCCCUGUCGUCUGUUCUCAUUUCACGCUUCCAUCCCGGUCCUGGGACAGCUACAAACUCGUCAUCUCCGAUCUGGAGCGGGUGCUGGAGAGCGCAGCUGUGCGUGCCCAGAAGCGCCGGGAGGACGGGCCUGCGCCGGCCCGCACUGUGCAGCGGCUCAACCUGGGGGGCUGUUCCGGCCACCUGCACCCCUGCUGCCCUCGCUGCGUAACCAGGAGGAGCCUGCCCGAGCUGGUGGAGCCGUCGGAGCGGGUCUGCCAGAGGCCCCCGGACCGGCGCUCGGACUUCUCCGGCCUGGCGCGGGUGCUGACCAGCAACGCUGUCGCCUUGGUACCCGGGGGAGGGGGGCGUAGAGGCUGUGCCCAGGUGGGCAUCAUCCGGGCCCUGACAGAGGGCGGCAUCCCUGCGCACGUGCUCGCGUCCACCAGGGCCUUCACAGGCGCCCUGUGCUCUGAGGAGUGGAACUACAGCCAGAUACGGAUCCGGGCCAAGCAGUGGGCUGAGGAUGUGAUGUCGAUGGUAAAGACCAUGCUGGACCUGACCUACCCCAUCCCCUCUGUGUUCGUGUUCUCGGGGGCUGGCUUCAGCAGAAGCAUCUGCAGUGUCUUCAAGGACAGGCAGAUGGAGGACCUGUGGGUCCCCUACUUCACCAUCACCACGGACAUCACAGCCUCUGCCAUGAGGGUCCACACAGAUGGCUCACUGUGGAGGUACGUGCAUGCCAGCAUGUCCCUGUCGGGCUACAUGCCCCCGCUCUGCGACCCCAAAGAUGGACACCUGCUGAUGGACGGGGGCUCCAUCAACAACCUCCCAGAUGUGGCCAGGUCAAUGGGGGCAAAGGUGGUGAUUGCCAUCGACAUGGGCAGCCGGGAUGAGACAGACCUCACCAACUACGGGGAUGCGCUCUCCAGGUGGUGGCUGCUGUGGAAGCGCUGGAAUCCCUUGGCCACGAAGGUCAAGGUGUUGAACAUGGUGGAGAUCCAGACGCGCCUGGCCUACGUGUGCUGCGUCCGGCAGCUGGAGAUGGUGAAGAGCAGCGACUACUGUGAGGACCUGCGCCCCCCCCCCAACAGCUACGGCACCCUGGACUUCAGCAAGUUCGACGAGAUCUGUGAGGUGGGGUACCAGCACGGCCGAACAGUGUUUGACAUCUGGGGUCGCAGUGGCAUGCUGGAGAAGAUGCUGCAGGAUCGGUAGGGGACGAGCAAGGUGAAGGCGUGCGAUGUGCUCACCUGCCCCAGCGCCUCCUUCAUGGACCUCACUGAGAUCGCAUCACGUAUCGAGCCUGCCGAGGUGGCUGCAGCAGAUGAUGAGUCUGACCACCAGACCGAAUACAAGGAGGUGCUGCUGGGCAGCCCAGCCGACCUGGGCUCCGACUCAGAGGACAAGCCCUCGCUUUGGCAUCGGCACUCCCGUCUGGCUUCCCCUGAACCAUCCCAGGACUCCUCGUCCCCCCGGCCCUCUGACCAAGAUGGGUAGAGGUCUCUGCUCUGAUGCACCCUGCAGCCAGCAGCUCCUGUGGGUGGGUUUCAGAGAACCAGCUGGCGCAGCUCCUGCAGCUCUUCCCCAGCCUGCCAGGGAGACCCUGCUGGGGCCCAGGGCCCUGCCGGCCGGUGUUGGAGUGUCUGGGGUCUCUCUGCGCCGGCCGCUCCUGGUGGGGCACUGGGUCCUGGCAUCCCCUGCACACACAGCAGUCCUGGGGGGCUGUGUCGGCCCCUGCGGGCCCCCUGAGGCCUCUGAGAUGUCAGAGCCCCUGAUGCUUCUGCUUAGCCUGUCAAUAAAGGUAGAUCUGAUUGUG